AUGAAUUUGGUGCGCCACUGCAACAGAGGCCGCUUCUGCUCAUUUGCACACAGCAAAGAAGAAGAACUCUACCAUCCUCUGACUUAUAAAACGCACUUGUGCUCAGUCUUUCCAAACUGUCUCCGUCACUUCUGUCCCUUUGCACAUCAUACUUCUGAGUUGCGAGACCCCUUCGCCUUGCCCCUCAUUCGGGCACUCUGGGGCCCCCAGGGCCCCCCUAUUGGCCUCCAACCUACCGCUGCAACAAUAGCAGCAACACCACCAACAACAACACCUGCAGCAAAUGCCGCCGCAGCUGCGGGGCCUCAGCGCAUGCCCCUGCAGACAGUCGAAGCUGCGUCCAAAGGGGCUGCUCCCUUGCUGCUUCCAGACUUUGGGAAAAUUCACAAGGAAGCAGCAGCAGCUGCCGCUGCUGCUGCUAGCAGCAGUAGCACCGACAGUCCGCAACGACAACAGGGACAGACGCAGCAAGCGCUGCAACAGCAACAAACGCAGCAGCAGCAGCAUCAGCAUGACACCGCGCUGACAACUACUGUGAGCCCCUCCACCCGUCAAUCCGUGUGCUUCGUUGGGGGAGGCCUCGAAGAUGUUCAGACUCCUGUGAAUCCUCUCGUGCUUGCUGAAGGGAAGGCUGCAACUCCUGAAGGGAUGACUGCCUUGGACCUGCUUCUGCAGCAGCACCAACAAAGCCAGCUGCAGCAGCAGCAGCAACAGCAACAGCUGCUGAUACAACAGCAAACAAAAGAUGCAGCACCCCCAAAACAAGCCUCUGCAACAACUGCCGUAGAAAUGGCAGCAGCAGCUGCAGCCGCCGCUGCAGCAGCAGCAAAAGCCGGCAUCAAAAAUUCUCAAACCACAUCGGACUCGUCUCAUGCGCUGAGUAGCUUCCCAUUCGAAAAAUUCAACCCAGAACGACAGCAAAACCAGCGACAACCGCGGCAGCAGCAGCAGAAGCUGCAACAGAAGCUGCAGCAGCAGCAGCUUCCAGAAGACGAUGCAGCCCCUAUUGCUGUGCAGCUUCUCGGCCCUCAGGCUAUGAAUAUGACCCUCUCUCAGUUGCAGUUAACAAUUGAUCUUGCUCUGAGGCUUGCCAGCACCAUGCCGCCGCCUCAGCAGCAAGACCAGCAGCAGCAGCAGCUACUGCAGCUGCAGCAACAGCGGCAGCGGGAGGAAGAAGAAAUGUUGCUGCGACAGCAACAGCAGCAGCAAGACCAACAGCAGAUGCCUCAGCUAACAAACGAAACGAUUUUGGCCGUCCUGCAAGCGAUCGCUCUAGCACGGGGGUGGGAUCCUCUGGAGCAGCAGGAACUGCUGCAGCAGGAGCAGCAGCAGCAGCACCAGCAACAUUUGCAGGAGACUCAGCAGCUGCCGCAUACUGCACCCACCCCCCGUCAAACAGAUGAAGCCGCAGAUCAUGAAGCAGCAGCAGCAGCAGCAAGCUUAAGUACACAGCUGCAACGACUAACACUAGACUUUAUACCUUCGCGGCAGCAGCAGCCGCAGCUUCAGCAGCAAGAGAGACCUCAGCAACAAAUACCAGUCUUGAAGCGGUCGGCGCCUCCGUUUCCAUCGAGCCGACACCAGCAGCCGUUGCAGCAACUGCAGCAACAGCAGCAACUGCAACAUCAGCAGCCCUUGCCACAACACCCCUUGCAGCCCCAGCAGCUACAGCAACCCCGAGGUAACCGCCGUUUUGGCUCUUCUUCUCAAGUGCGUGGGCCUGUCAGCGGCAUCCAAUCGUACACGCGGCAGCAAGCCGAAAAGGAUGCUGCACGGCAACUGCAGCAGCAGCUACAGCAGCAGCUAAAACAACAGCUGCAGCAGCAACUACAGCAGCAGCUGCAACAGCAACUCCAGCAGCAACUGCAACAGCAGCUGCAACAGCAAAUCCAGGAGCAUGUGGAGCACGCGCAGCACAUAGAAUCAUGCGUCAGGCCCCUAAACUGCAGCAGCAGCAGCUUUUCAGGGUUUCAAGACAUUGAACGGAGUUUACUGUUGCUGCAGCAGCACCAGCUACAGCAACAAGAGCAACAGCGGCUCCUCGCGCCUACAGGAGCAGCAGCAGCAGCAGGUUUUUUACAAGCAGCAGAAGCUCAGUUGUUGCAGCGUGAGGACAUUCGCUCCUGCAUCUCCAAAGACGGGGGAGAGAACGAGCCGCAGCUCGUCGUCGUCUUUAGACGUACGUACCCGCGCCCUUUCAUAAGCAGUGCACUGAGCAGCAGCAGCAGCAACAGCAGCAGCAUCGGCAACACCCCGAGCUCGGGUGUUGCAUACCAGCAGCAGCAGAAACUUUUGUUUUACCAGCAGCAGCAACAGCACCCACCGCAGCAGCAGCAGCUGCUGCUGCCUCGCAACUCCGGAGAGGCAGCAGCAGACCCUUCCCCCCAAAUUACAACUUGUUCCCAAACCCCGCUGACAGCUCGCACCCUCUCGCCAGUGCAGCCACAGCAGCAGCCUCAGCAGCAGCAGCAGCAACAUGCAGGCUAUCCUCUUCCCCUAGCUGCAGCACUCUUCGAUACAGAUGAAAACAGCAGCAGGGAGAGAACUUCUCAGCAGUCGCCUAUUGUCUUUACAAGCGAUGGAUGA